AUGUCGAAUCUGGAGACGCACGUCACGGUGCAGAAGCGAGCGUACUAUGCACCGCCCUGGGCCGACGUCAGCAUUAUUGGUGUGGCGGGCAGCUCCGGCUCUGGAAAGUCGACUCUUUCUCAGGCGAUCGUCAAGAAGCUAAACCUGCCAUGGGUGGUGAUUUUGUCCAUGGACUCGUUCUACAAGACUCUCACACCUGAGCAGUCGAAGCUGGCUUUUGACAACGACUAUGAUUUUGAUUCCCCCGAUGCCAUCGAUUUCGACAUCUUGGUUGAGCGCCUCAGGGAUCUCAAAGCUGGAAAACGAGCCGAUAUUCCUGUGUACUCGUUUGCCAAACAUCAACGUCUGGAUCAAACAACAUCAAUCUAUUCCCCACAUGUUCUUGUUCUGGAAGGCAUUUUCGCUCUGUACGACCCACGGGUAUUAGAGCUUCUGGAUAUGGGUAUUUAUUGCGAGGCUGAUGCGGACACCUGUUUGUCACGUAGAAUUGUGCGAGACGUGCGCGAGCGUGCUCGAGACAUUGAAGGAUGCAUCAAGCAAUGGUUCGCUUAUGUCAAGCCCAACUUCGAGAAGUUUGUCGAGCCGCAGAGGAAGGUCGCAGAUCUCAUCGUGCCACGAGGCAUCGAGAACCGGGUCGCACUUGACAUGAUGGUUCAAUUCAUCGACAAGAAACUAGUCGAAAAGUCCACACAUCACCGAGAUGCACUGUCGAGACUAGAAGCGGAAUGCAAGGAGCAGCCGCUCUCUGAUCACGUUGUUGUGCUGAAUAGUACACCGCAGAUCAAGGCCAUGAACACGAUUUUGCAGGAUAUUGACACGUCGGCGGAGGACUUUAUCUUUUACUUUGACAGAUUGGCGGCGCUGGUGCUUGAACAGGCGCUCAACAAUGUCCAAUUUCAAAGUCUAUCCAUCAACACUCCCGCCGGGUAUGAAUACAACGGCCUGGCGCCCAAGGGUGAGGUCAGCGCCGUCAUUGUGCUGCGCGGUGGCUCGGCGUUUGAAGCCGCGCUAAAGCGCACGAUUCCUGAUUGCCGAACCGGCCGCCUCUUGAUCCAGUCCAGCUUCAAGACUGGCGAGCCGGAGCUGCACUACCUGAAGCUCCCCGACGAUAUUGGCACGCACGAGAGUGUUUUGCUGCUGGAUACGCAGAUGGCGAGUGGUGGCGCGGCCCUCAUGGCCGUGCAGGUCCUGGUUGACCACGGCGUGGCUCUCAACAAGAUUGUGCUCGCGACGUACUCGGCCGGCAGGAUCGGACUCCAUCGGCUCAUGACUGUCUUUCCCGAAAUCAGGGUGGUCGUGGUGAACGUCCUGGCGGACCAGGAGCAACGCUGGGUUGAGAACCGAUAUUUUCGUUGUUAA